AGCCCCAAGACGUGGAGAAAGCUUUACCCAAUAACGUUUAUCAUGUGCAUCGUUUGGAUAGGUGUAAAUGCAUAUCUUGUUUUUUGGAUGGUUGCUGUGAUUGGAGUUACGUUAGGUGUGCCCGAUUCUGUAAUGGGAAUGACAUUUUUAGCUGCCGGAGGAUGUCUUCCAGAAGCAAUAUCAAUAGUGAUAAUGUCACGAAAAGGAAAGGGUGGCAUGGGCGUAUCGAACUCUCUGGGAGCCAAUUCACUGGCCGUAUUGAUGUCAUUAGGAAUGCCUUGGUUUAUCAAAACCAUCAAACAUGGAAUUGGCAAUCCAGCACAAGUUUAUAUCGAUUCCAGCGGCGUCGUUUACACUAUAAUUGGACUACUUUUAGCAAUCUGGUCAUUGUUCUCUAUACUUAGCAUUGGUGGAUACCAAAUGAGUAAAAAGACUGGAUUACUCUUGAUGUUAACGUACUUAGUAUUUGUGAUCUUAGCGAUAUUAUCCGAAAUGGGUGUAUUUUUCGAACAGUGCUGA